GUCUCACCCUCCCAUGAGGGCCAGGGCGCCACACACUGUUGAUUUUACAAAGCCUGCAUCCUACACUCCUAUGGUGCACUCUGCUCCAGUGUACAAUCCCUGUGUGGCCUUGCAUGGUGUGCCUGUUCUCCUUCCCAGGGCGCUUGGUCAGAGGCCCUUCAUCACAUCCACAGAUCCAUCCUGGGCCAGGUCACAGACCACUAAAGAACUACAGAAACAGGAAAUCAAACUUCCUGAAUUCACUCCAAAACAGAGAAACCUGUUUCCUCUACACAUCUCAAACUGGCAAAGUUCUGUCUAUGCACAUUCAGUAUAGAAGCAGUUGUCAAAAAGGAUAGAAGGAUUUUGCCUUUCAAUUUCACAUGAACUUUUUGCUUGAAGCUACUAAGAUGAAGGGAGCGAAGUUAUUUGUCCUGCUUUCUAGUUUAUUGAGUGGUGGCUUUGGACUUGACAACACCAAGUAUCCUUGGACUACACCUGAGGAUGAAAAUUCCCAGAAGAAUAUGACCUCUGCUUCUGCUUCAGUUCUGCUAAACAACAUACAAAAUCUGCAAAUACUGUCAACCACUCGGAUCACUUCAUUUGAGGUAGCUACAACUCCAGAGGUGAGCUCUUCCGAAGAAAGUCUUCAGUCAACACUGCCUCCUUCAAAGACAAGGGCCUCUUCUGAAAGUUUGAGAAACCCAGUACUCACAUCCACAGAGAAGACAGAAGAAAGAGUGGUAAAGUUAGAAAAUAUUGCCUUCCCUACUAAAUCUAGUAUCAAGUUCAGCCCUGGAGCAGAGACAGUCGUUCUUUCCAAUGCUACACUGAAAUUUCUUCAGAGCUUUGCUAGAACGUCAAAUCAACAAGCAGUCUCUCUACAAUCAGUUGGAAGUGUGGGAAAUCGAUCCCCGCGAGAAACCUACCUCAGCCAAGGAAAUGGCAGUGGAAGUCAAAGACCUGGCUACCAAAAAUCAAGUUUUGAAACAACUAGAGGAAAGAACUGGUGUGCUUAUGUACAUACCAGGUUAUCUCCCACAGUGAUACUAGACAAUCAAGUCACUUAUGUUCCAAGUGGGAGAGGACCUUGUAGCUGGACCAAUGGCUGCCCUCAGAGAUCACAGAAGGUAUCCAAUCCUGUCUAUAGGAUGCAACAUAAAAUUGUUACCUCAUUGGAAUGGAGGUGCUGUCCUGGAUACAGUGGACCAAAAUGUCAGCUGAAAGCCCAGGAGUCACAGCAAUUGGUGCACAGCAACCAGGCUGAAAGUCACUCAGCUACUGACAGAGGAACAGCUGAGCACCUGCAGCAGCAGCAGCAAGACUGUGGCGACCCAGCUGUAAUGCAAAAAAUGACUGACCAGAUGACCCAACAGGCAACGAAGCUCAGUCUUCUACAGAAGAAAGUAGACAAUAUCUCCUUGGCUGUAGGUCAUAUAAGGAGCACAUUCUCCUCCCUAGAGGGGAAAAUCAGUAAAGACAAAAGCAGGGAAUUCCAAUCUUUCCUAAAAGGUCUAAAAUCCAAAAACAUUAAUGAUCUGGUAAAGGACAUAGUAAAGGAACAAUUUAAAGUCUUUCAAAAUGACAUGCAAGAAACUGUUGCACAACUCUUCAAGACUGUAUCCAGUCUAUCAGAGGACCUUGAAAACACCAGGCAAGCAAUUCGACAAGUCAAUGAGUCUGUGGCUUCAAUAACAGUCCAGCAAAAGUCUGUUUCAAAGCAAGAAAGUAGAACCACACUGAGUGAUAUAGCAGAUCUAAAGAAUCGCAUUAUUAGUGUAAGGCAAGAGAUGACUUUUACAUGUGAGAAGCCCAUUAAAGAACUAGAAGCAAAGCAGGUUCAUUUAGAAGGCACUCUUAGACAGGAACAGUCAAGGAGCUUUCUGUAUUAUGAAGCUCUCAAUAAGACACUUUCUAAAAUGAAGGAAGUACAUGAGCAGAUUUUAUCAACUGAACGAGUAUCAGACCAGAAGAAUGCCACAACUGCUGAAUCAGUUAGCAGUAAUGUCACUAAAGACAUGUCUAUUCUACAUGAGAAGAUAAAGAAGCAAGGUUUGAUGAUGCUGCAAAUGUUUGAUGAUUUGCACAUCCAAGAAAGCAAGAUUAACAAUCUCACCAUCAGUUUGGAGAUGGAGAAAAAAUCUGUCAGGGGUGAAUGUGAAGAAAUGCUGUCUAAGUGCAGAAGUGAUUUCAAAUUUCAGCUUAAGGACACAGAAGAGAAUUUACAUGUGUUAAACCAAACCUUGGCCGAGGUUCUCUUUCCAAUGGACAACAAAAUGGAUAAAAUGAGUGAGCAACUGAAUGAUUUGACAUAUGACAUGGAGAUCCUUCAACCUUUGCUCGAGCAGGGACCAUCGCUUAAACAGGCAAUCACACAUGAACAACCAAAGGAAGCAGUGGUUACAAGGAAAAAGGUGGAAAAUCUCAUUAGUGCUGUCAACAGUCUAAAUUUUCUUAUCAAAGAACUUACUAAAAGACACAACUUACUUAGAAAUGAUGUACAGAGUCGUGGUGAUGCCUUUGAAAGACGCAUCAAUGAAUAUGCCUUGGAAAUGGAGGACGGCCUAAACAAGACAAUGGCUAUUAUAAAUAAUGCCAUUGAUUUUGUUCAAGAUAACUAUGUGCUAAAAGAGACUUUAAGUGCUAUGAAAUAUAAUUCUGAGAUCCAUAAUAAAUGUGACCAAAAUAUGGAAACUAUUUUAACUUUUAUUCCUCAAUUCCAACAUUUGAAUGAUUCUAUUCAGAUUUUGGUCAAUGACAAUCAGAAAUACAAUUUUGUUUUGCAAGUUGCAAAGGCCCUUGCAGAUAUUUCUAAGGGUGAGAAACUGGGUCAGUCCAGCUUUCAAAAGGUUUAUCAAAUGUUUAAUGAAAUCACUUCUCAAGUGAAAAAAUAUCAGCAAAACAUAAGUCAUUUGGAAGCAAAUAUACUCUCAGUCAUGAAUAUUUCUAAAAAUUUUCAAACUCAAUUGCAAGGCAUUGAAUCUAAAGUGACCCAGACACUCAUACCUUAUUAUAUUUCACUUAAAAGAGGCAGUGUGACUACAAAUGAGAGAGACCAAGCUCUUCAACUGCAAGUACUAAAUUCCAGAUUUAAGGCACUGGAAGCUAAAUCCAUCCAUCUUUCAAUUAGUUUCUCUUUGCUUAAUAAAACUGUUCAUGAGCUUUUAACAAUAUGUCAUAAUGCUUCUACCAGUACAUCUGAAAUGAAAGUCACCAUUGCUAAGUGUCCAAAAGGUUCCGUGCCAGAUGGUGACCUUCCUCAGAAAGGUCUGACAGAACUUGUGGAAUCAGUAAUUGAAAUAAAAACUCAAGCUGCACUAUCUAAUUUAACUUGGUAUAUAGAGCGAUUGUUGUCUGAUAGUCUGGCAAAUAUCAAGUCUCAGAAGCAAGUAAAAAUGCAGAAGAAACCUCUUACACUUAAACCAGCAGUGAAUCUUACCACAAUCCUGAUAGGCCGAACUCAAAGAAACACGGACAACCUUAUUUAUCCUGUGGCACAGAAGUACUCAGGCUGCAGCAGAUCCCCGUGCAAGAAUGGGGGUACCUGUAUAAAUGAGAGGACCAGCUUUGUCUGUGCGUGCCGCCACCCUUUCACUGGGGACAACUGCACUGUCAAGAUGGCAGAAGAAAAUGCAUCAGCCCCAGAUUUUUCCAAAGGAUCUUACAGAUAUGCACCCAUGGUGGCAUUUUUUGCAUCUCAUACAUAUGGAAUGACAACACCUGGCCCUAUCCUAUUUAAUAACCUGGAAGUCAAUUAUGGAGCCUCAUAUAACCCAAGAACUGGAAAAUUCAGAAUUCCCUAUCUUGGAGUGUAUAUUUUCAGAUAUACAGUUGAGUCAUUUAGUGCUCACGUCUCUGGAUUUCUAGUGGUUGAUGGAGUAGACAAGCUUACAUUUGAGUCGGAAAAUAUUAACAGCGAAAUACACUGUGAUAGAGUCCUGACUGGGGAUGCAUUAUUAGAAUUAAAUUAUGGACAGGAAGUUUGGUUGCGUCUUCUAAAAGGAACUAUUCCAGCCAAAUUUCCCCCUGUUACUACAUUUAGCGGUUACUUGUUGUAUCGUACAUAACGUAGAAUGACUGACUACACAUUUUCUGAGAAAGAGACAGCGGCUUUAUCCUUGCAUGCACAUCUGCUCUGUGUGGUUUUUCUACACUAAAUGAAAACCAACUUUUUAAAAUCUGAGUAAAACUGUGUGUGUGUUUAUCUCAUAAAGUUAUUUGGAUAGCCUGUACAUAAAGGAAUUCUUUCUCCUACAGAAAUUUAGAGGCACAGAGAACAAAGCAUACUUUUAGCAUGAAUAACCCUGCUGUAGUUCCUUUAUUUUAACUCAUUUCAAUGUAAAAUGAUAUUAUAAAAUGCCACAUUUAUAAUGCCAUCACAUAAUAUUGUCAGCCACAGUAGUCCUUCUGACGAAACUCUUAAUUCUCAUUAUAUUCUACAGCUUUAACAAACAUUUCCUAGAUUAACAAACUAAAAUAAA